GGCUUCAGAGUGCGGGUCGGAUAACCCUGAACAGGACCUAGAUUAGGCUAGCUUUUUUUGUGUCCCUCCCUCCCUUUCUUUUCUCUCAUCCCUCCUCUGUCUUUUGCUCUCUCAUUUACUGGAGAGACAAGAACCCCACAUUUGACAAAUAAAAAAAAAUACAACCAACCACUACUACCACCAUGGCAUCCGCAAGCAGCUCCGCACAGGCCGCCUUCGGGCUGGGCAGGAGGAAGAAGAACCCUGGCCUCCUGGACCAGAUUGGAAACUUCUUUGGAGGGGACAAGAAGAGGAAGAGCAAGGGAUCUUUCCGGGGUGCUCUGUCACCAGCCCCUCAGAAAGCCUCCACCACUUCCCCACGUAAGAAGGGCCAGGAGAACGCAGUGGUCCACUUCUUCCGCACGAUCGUGUCCCCUGCCCCUCCCAAGUCUAGGUGGAGAGGACUAGCAGCCAAGAUAGGCCUGGGUGAUCAGAAGUCACAGUCUGCUAAAGCCAAAAAGGGCGGUGCGGGUGACGGCAAAGGAACCCUGACUAGGAUCUUCAAAAUGUGAUGAUAUCAGCAGCAGAGGAAGUAGGAGUGCUUCUCCAGCCAAACGCUGAAGUCCCACAACAACCCCCCCAUCCAACAGCACGAGGGCAAAAGGUCAAGACCACGGGACUCAAGUGGGGAAAAAAAGAGGAAGAAAAGGAGGAAAUCUUGUCACACCCUAACCUCACCCUCCCUUCCCUACCUCUGAUAACACUCUAAUUAUGUACGCUAAAUCCCCCAUCUCACCCUAGUAUCUCCCCACCCCCUUUUUGGCUGGUAGAUAGCGACACAAUCUGUUGCCCCCCCCCCCCCCCCCCCCUGUCCAUGCAUGCUUUGUGCUGAGUCUUUGCUGUCAUCAUGAUCGGUGUGAACUGUUUGCUGAAAGUGAUCCUGAAGCCGCUCACGUGUGCAGCCUGAAUGACCCCCCACCUAUCCCCAACCUCGACUAUACCCAACCCCCGCCUGCCAUGGCUCUCGAUUCAUGUGCUUGAGUUUUUUGUGGACGUCUUUGGAGGCUUUUCUAACAAAAAUGGCGGCUAAACCAAAAGCAGACCUGGAGUAGGUGAAGGUUCCGGCCGGUGAGAGUCCGACUGACUUGACCGUCAUUGCCGCUUGCUGAUUGGAUGAAAAGAACCGGGUCGUUUCUGGUUUAGUAAAGAGCGGUUAUCUGUCUUGUUGCACUUGUCUUUGUCGUUCCCCCAAAAACCCUUUUCUGUGAAUCCAAACACAAACCUGUGUGUCUUUAAGUUGUGUAUUGUGAAAGAUAACGGAUUUGACAUUAUUAAGAGAGCCUUGUGGUCAUUGUGUGUUUUUAUUCAACCUCCUGUGUUUUAGCGGUUAAAGUGUCUUGUCUUUAAUGUUGAUCUAUGUUUGUCCUAAGAGCCCGAGGCUAGCUGUGGAUGUUAUGGUUAAAAAAAUAAUAAUUUCUAAAUCUUCUAAAUCAAUUUUAUGCAAAUGUGACUGAAAAAAAAGUCAUUUCUAACGUGAAUUUUUUUUCACUCUUAUUUCCUGUCCAUAUAUAUCCCUUCUAUUGCACUGUUUCCAGCUUUAAAAAACUGCCAUAAUCUGAAUCUGAGGCGAGAUUUGGCGUUGCAUUAUUCCAGAUUCAGACCUCUCUUCUUUGCUUCAGUGUAGUCUAGAUCACUUCUUUGUCCCUUUGUUUGUAUCUUACACAACCAUUAAAAACACACAAAAAAAAACCCUAGCUCAACAACAAGUGCCUUUCCUCCUCACUACCAAAGCAACACACUGCGUUUCCUCACUGUGGGAAAAACACAAACACAAUUUCAAAAAGGUGCUCUCAAACUAACUCUUUCCAAGUUUUAUGAGAAAAUAAAAAAAGGUUUAGAAUAAUAUUUCAGCACCAACACCGUGCUGAUGGAAACAUCCUCAAUGUGUUGUAAAGCAGGCGUGUGAAAAGUGUAGCCUUCAUCUCUCCUUUUGUUUGUGCGUGCUUGAGCCUUUGUGAGUGCUGUGUAGUGUUUAUCUGAAUGGAUCCUGUGGUUGAAUGUAAAGAUCCUCUUCAUUAUUGUAUGUGUAAUAAAACAUGACCAGCCACUUAACUGAGAAUAAAAAAUAAAAAAUAAUAAAUCUCUAA